AUGACUAAACACGCUUUGCGAUGCAUUGACCGAUUACUUAAAGACAUUAUGAAAAAUUCCCACCCAUUUGGCGGAAAAGUAAUUUUAUUAGGUGGUGAUUUUAGACAGACUUUACCAGUAGUGCCUAAAGGCUCCAAAGUCGAUAUUAUAGAGUCCUGUAUAAAAAGUUCAUAUUUAUGGAGUCAUUUUAAAAUAAUACAUUUGAUUGAUAAUAUGCGUAUUUCAUCAGAUCAAGUUGAUUACAAUGCUUGGUUACUUAAAAUUGGAGAUGGGCUAUCACGCAGCAAUUCUGAUCUUCCUGCAAAUAGUGUUGAAAUCCCACCUUAUUUGCUUGAAAAUGAUUCAUUAAUAAAAUGUGUGUAUGGUAAUUCUAUAGAAAUUGCUGAUAUAGAUAGUCUUUCUACUAAAAUAAUAUUAACCACCAAAAAUAAAAUUGCACUUACCCUCAACAACGAUAUCAUUAAUAUAAUUUCAGGCCCUAUCAAACAUUAUUAUAGUGCAGAUUCCAUUGAAAGCGAUAAUAAGGAUGAUAUAAUGAAUUUUCCACUAGAAUUUUUGCAUUCACAAACUCCAUCCGGUAUGCCACCUCACAAGCUAACACUUAAGGUUGGUACAAUUGUUAUGCUAUUACGCAACUUGAGCCCAAAGAAAGGACUUUGUAAUGGUACCCGUUUAAUCAUACGACAUUUACAUAUUAAUUUGAUGAGGUAUUGA